AUGCAAGCAGCGUGCGAGAAGCGUUCAGAAGAGAUUCAGAGCAUUCGAGUCGCUAAGCUAGACAAACAGCGAGCAAGCAGUAUGCAAGCAGCGUGCGAGAAGCGUUCAGAAGAGAUUCAGAGCAUUCGAGUCGCUAAGCUAGAGCAAACAGCGAGCAAGCAGUAUGCAAGCAGCGUGCGAGAAGCGUUCAGAAGAGAUUCAGAGCAUUCGAGUCGCUAA